GUUGGUGGCGUGGGACAGGUGGCCAUUGGUCUGCGUUGGUGGCACGGGACAGGUGGCCAUUGGUCUGUGUUGGUGGUGUGGGACAGGUGGCCAUUGGUCUGUGUUGGUGGCGUGGGACAGGUGGCCAUUGGUCUGUGUGGCGGCAGCCCCAAAGCUGUGCUGGUGUGAUGAGGGCAGUGAGGCUCGCUGGGACUGGAGAUGUUUCUCCUGGUGAUGCAGCUCUCUGUCCUGCUGUUUCUGUGCACCCAGUUCCCAGACUGUUUUGUCCAUAUUGUUUUUUUCUAACGGAGCAUCUCUAGCUCUUCCCAGCCCCUGCCAUUUUCGGCUGGAAUGCCUUGCUGUUACUGAAAACCAGCUCUGACACCGAGACCCCGGGCAGCCCCUGACUGAUCAUGCAACGCUGUCCUACAGCGUGCAGCUAACAUUUGCUGGAAACCUGAUGUUAGUGGGGAAAAAAUCAUUAGCACUGUUAAUUGAAAAGGGACAAAGACUCGACACGGGGCUUGGCCAAUCCUCCCCUUUGCUUUGGCGGGGAUUCCAUCAGGGAAGGCCUUGUCGGACAGCGCGGUCCCAGCACAGCUCAUCGCACCGUGCCAAGGCCGGGUUCAGCCUCCUCCCGCCGCGCUCGCUCCCUGCAAAGCUCCGCCCUCCUCGCUCGACGUCUCUUUCAAACGAAACUUCCAAGCGGGAGGGCUUUUUCCUACCCAAGGCGGAGCGGGGGCACAACAGCCCCGGUUGAAGCCGUUCGUCAUGGCAAAGCCCGAUCCGCCCCCCGCCCCCCGCAGCCGCCCCAGGCCGCGGCGCCCGCCGCUGCAGCUCCGCCCGCCGCGCCACAGGGGGCGCUGUCCGCCCCGCCGCCGCGGGCACGCCCCCGACACGUGACGCACCGCUCCCGGGUGGCGAUUGGCUGAGAGCGGUCACGUGCGCGGGACGCGGCGCGGGGGCGGAGCCGCGGUUGCCGGGGCGACACCGGAGGCGGCUGAGGAGAGAUUGGGACAGCUUUAUCAGUGAUGAGAAGUAGCAGCAGCCCUUAGCAAUGGGCGAUGUUUUAGCGUAUGAGGCUGAGUUACUUGGACUAGUGAAAGAGUAUUUGGAUUUUGCUGGAUUUCAAGAAACGGUGAAAGUAUUUAAAAAGGAAUGUAAAAUAAAAGGGAAGCCACUACCUAAACCAGCAGAUGUUUCCUCAGACGAUUCAUUGCCUGUUCAGGAAGGAAUGCUUGCAGCAUUUGAAGAUGGUGAUCAGAAAGUUUUCUUCCAGCUCUGGGAGGAGCAUAUUUUGUCUUCAGUCCCUGACAGUGAUCCAGUUGCUCAGAACCUGGAGUUCUAUCUCCACAUCUACUUUGCCACCUUCCUCUUGAAACAAACUAUGGGAAAGCCUGACAAAGCUGAACUUGACGAAAGGAUUUCUUAUUUCAAGUCAUACCUGGAAACAAAAGGAGCUGCACUGAGCCAGACUACAGAGUUUCUUCCCUUCUAUGCUUUGCCAUUUGUUCCAAACCCCAUGGUACAUCCUUCCUUUAAAGAACUUUUCCAGGAUUCUUGGACACUGGAUUUAAGGACAAGAUUGGAAACGUUCCUGUCUCUGGCUCUCAAAGCCAGACAGACUCCUCGGCUUCUCACUAUAUUUAAGGAGAGUGGACAGUGCAACAAAGAAAUGGUGCAACAUCUUCAUCAGCAGUUAGUGAAGCGUGAGCACAGGUACAUGACCAACCUGAAACGAUUGCGCAAGUUGCAGAUGGACUACCGUGGUCUCCUUGAAGUCACUGCAGAGCUGGUGGAUUCUUUGGAGGCCACAGUCACUGGCAAGAUGAUUACACCUGAGUAUAUUCAAAGUGUUUGUGCUUGCUUGUUUAGCAAUCAUUUGAAACAAACUGUAGCACACAACAUUGACUUCACGAGGCCUGGAACUGGAUAUUACUCUAUGAGCCCUUGUGAUGACGGAUAUGCUUCCACACUGUUAAGAGCAUCUUUAUCCUCUAUGAAGGUGCAGGAUGUGCCAUUGCUGCCCUCUCUGGAUUAUGAGAAGCUGAAGAAAGAUUUGAUUACAGGGAGUGAUCGUCUCAAGGCCCUCUUGCUGCAGGCUCUGCGCUGGCGCUUGACAACAUCAUAUCCUGGAGAACAGAGAGACACUAUCAUGCAAGCCUACAUCAGUAAUGACCUCCUGGAUUGCCACAGCAACUGUCAGAGAAGUGUCCUCCAAUUAUUAUAUUCUAAGAGUGAGGUAGUCAGACAGUAUAUGGCAAGGCUCAUCAAUGCUUUUGCUUCACUGAUAGAAGGUCGUGCCUACCUCUCUCAGAACCCAACAUUGCUGCAAAUGCUGGAGGACAGACUGAAAGCUGAAGACAAGGAUUCCCUUACAUGGGAGAAUGUUCUGGGGGCUCUGCAGAAAUUCAGCCUCAGGCGCACACUGCAGUCGGCAAUGAUCAAAGAUGGGCUCAUUUUCUGGCUGGUUGAUGUUCUAAUAGACCCAGAUUGCCUGUCUGAUUACAACCUGGAGUAUUGUGCUGCCUUGCUCAUGAAUCUUUGUCUGCGGAGUGCAGGGAAGAAGAUAUGUGCAAGUAUCCCAAACCCUAUGCUCAGAGUGCUUUCUGGUCUUCUUGACCAUGACAAUCCUAAGGUCCAGUCAUAUGUGAAUGGAGUACUGUACAGUAUUCUGGCCAUCCCUUCUGUCCGUGAAGAAGCCAAAGAGAUGGGAAUGGAAGAAAUUCUGCGCUGCUUUAUCAAGGAAAGAAAUGAAGAGAUGGUUCGACAGAUGGAAUUUGUUAUCAAGCAACUCAAUUCAGAAGAGCCAUUCAAUGAUAGUAUUGUGUCUGAUGAUGAUGAGGAAGAGGAGUAUGAGGAAGAGGACAAUGACAUCCUGGAGCCUGAUCUGGACAAAGAUGAGGUUUUGCUGCCUCAGCUGGGGGAGCUUUCAGGAGAGAAGCUGCUAACAACCGAGUAUUUGGGAAUAAUGACUCACACUCCAAAAACUAAGAAGAAGCAAUUUGCUGGUGUCCAUCAGAGUAUAGAUGAGCCUCUCCAGAGACCUGUUACACCAGGUUAUCACAGAACUGCAUAUCUAAUGCCAGAAAACAGUUCCAGUUCCUGUCAGGACAGGGAUGAGAAGCUGCAGUCUCCACCGAGUGCUCCUUCUUCCACUUGUGGCGGGAGACAGUCCAGCAUUUCUGACUUCUGCAUUUCCCCCUCAUCAGUUGAAAUGAAGUCAUCUGAAGUAUUUGCAUCAGGCCAUAGAAUGGACCAACACAUCCCAGCUGGUGAUACCUUAUCUUCUCAAUCUGCUGACUUCACUGAGGACAAAGUAAAUGGUCAAUCACACAGGGAGUUUGCCCUGGCCUUCACCAGCAAACCCAAGAUCCCUCGCACUCCUGACGGGCAGAGCAGCAGUCCUAGAAAGGGAAAGGUCCCAACCAUUGCCCCCCAGUUCUCUCAGUCUGGACCCCAACAAUCAAGCCAUCCGAGCUCCUCAGGAUCUACAAGGAGUAGACAGAACACUUGUUCAUCCCACUGUGUAACUUGAAGUCGGAUUCCUGGGUGUGUCUACAUUGCAGCUGAAUGUAGAGCAGAUGUCAGUCAGCUCAGGAGAUGGCUCAGGGCAGCUUGGUAAGCAGGGAGCCAAGCACAGUGUGCUGCUUAUGGCAGUCUCCUUUCUGCUGGAGACUGGCACUCAAGAACCACGUGGCCAUGCUGUGGCCUGCAGAAGUUUAUAAAAAGUACUUCAUCUGUGGGGGGUUCAGAAGAGAGGGUGGCUUUGACAUGAGGAUGGAGGAAAAUGAUGGACACUUGCUUUGAGCCAGACAACACAAGCUCAAUAGAGAGGAAAAUUUGGUCUUGGAUGCUCACACAUCAGUAAACACGUGGUGUGUCAGCUGUGGAGUUUUUUGGGGUGGAGGGAGAAGAAAGGUGCAUUCUUCAGUAAUGAACAAACUUUUUCUCAGGCAUGUGGAUAGGAAAAGCUGAAUUCAAAUACAACUCUGUGUCCAUCAUCAGUGAAAAUGGCAGGAGCAUGGCAUCAUAACAAGCUUAGUGUUGAUUAUUUGAUCACAAUGCAACAUUAGCUCUAUUCCUUAGUUGUAACUGUUACCUUGCAGCAUUAGUCAAUACCUUCCCAAGAAACUCGAAAUGUGUGUAUAUCAUUAGGUACUCAUUACAGAUAGAGACAAUUAAAUUAAGAGAGUUUAAAUAACCCAGUAAACCAGUAACAGAGCUGGAAAGAGCAUUCUGAGCCUUCUGUGUUGCUCAUUCAUUAUUCCACCCAGUUGCACAUGCAGAGAAGUGGUGUGGUUUCGUUCAGGGAGUACAGGUGAGGCACUGGAAGGGAAUGUUCUUGGUGGCGAAAGGAGGUUUUGACCUGGAGGCUCCUUGCUUCAACACUCCUGUGCUGAGGUAAUGGAGCCCUUUCAGCUUUACCUUUGCUGCAUGUGCCCUGGGUUUUACCUCUGACAUCAGUGCUCUCUGUUUCCUGUGACAGCAGCACUGUUCUGCCCUGACUGGAAUUGGUGUUAACACCCAAGAGUCUGUCCCUGGUUCCUGUUUCGGUUCAUUUCCAAAAGCACUGGCCCAUUGAAAAGAAGCCCUAGUGAAGGAAGGAAAAGUACAGAGUGUGUGUGUAUGUGUGUGCACAAGAAAAUCUUCUGCAUGUUCUAGUUUCUCCAGGUCAGCUUUACACUCCUGGGGAGAGUGUCCUAGGAAAGAUGUGACAGACCAGUGUUGCUUUCAGGAGGCUCUGGAGCAAGAUCCUUUUUCAGUGGCACAGUGUUAAAUGUAUUUUAUUUUUUAAUUGCUCUAAAGUAGAUCGCUUGGGGUUCUCUGUGGAUUCAGUAGACGUGAUCUGUUAGUCCAGAUACUUGAGCUCUUCUGACUUUUAUUGUUUUAUUUGUUUUACACUAUACCUCUUCUCUUUGCUGGGAAUGUAUGCUGAAUGUACAACAGGCAUCCCAACUUGCUAUGGUCCAUUUACCAUUACUCCCAAUUUUUUACUUGGGAAUCCAGGUUAUCAUUUUCUAUCUGUUCACAUGUGCCACGAGACAGUGUCAGCAAUUAAAUGUUAAGCUCUUCCUGCUAAAAAUAGCAAAUAAAUUAUUUUGCAAAUAACGAAUCUUCCACUCUGUGUACAUGUAUCCAGCCUUGUUGUCUGCUGUCACAGAGCACCAAUUAGUUCUUGUCCAUCCUGCAGGGACCUUCACACAGGUGUUUGUGGGUGGGAAGAGUUGCAUGAAGGUUGUAAGGACCAGAUUUUUUAAGGACUAAAAAGGGUUUUAAGCACCUACACUGAAACUUGAGGUUCUCAAAGGUAAUUCUCAGCUGUUACUUAGAGAUGCAGGGAAGACGUCUGAAGCAAGUGAGCCCCUAAUGUUUCCCUGGUAAUGCUCUGUGCUCACUGCUCCUUUAAUUUCCUAGCUGACUCAUCUGUAGGUCAAAAAUGGUAUCAGAUGCACAGAUACCAGCAAUCAGUAGAUUCCAGCAGCUGCUGCCUUCCAUUUGCUUGCUGCAUAGGUGUGUUACAUAUCAAGAGACUCUGUUCCAGUGGAAGACUAAUUUGUGGAUUUCUUAGUAUUUCUGAAGAAAUGCAAGUUUUUAUAGCUGAUGGACAUGAUGAGAAAAGAUGGCUGUCUGAUUUUACUUUCUGCAUUCACUUAUUUUAGAGGCAUGUUUUUAGCUUCAUUUUAGUAUUUAUUACAGGUGUAUUUUCUGGAAACAAGUUGAUUUUAUGUAAACCUACCUGAACUAGCUGGACUGCUCCUCUUGGGGCAUGGAGUGUGUGGAAUGCCUGAGGAAUGCAGAGGAAGCCCAGGUACUCAGUGCAGCUACAGGCCUGGGGCCAGAUUCCUGCCUGAGAUGCAGCCCCUGCUGUUAGCUGAACUCUACAGCAAAAGCAAGCUCCUCCAAAUAAAAUCAGCUAUGCUGGGAUCCUCUGUGAUUUGCACUUCCAAGCUGGCACAGGGAUGACACUGGCAGCAUGGCUGGAAAAUAGAGUUCCAAGGCAGCAUAGGCACCUCCAAAUUUAGACCUUUUCAGCUGCGUUCCAUGUGGACAUGGUUGUGUGGUUUAAUCCACUCUGAUCCUUAUUCUCUGUCUGUUCCAGGCACCUCUGCACGGGUGUGCUGAAGCUGUUUACAGUGUACCAAGUUUCAAGGCACAUUGCAGCUAGGGCAGUAAAAAAAUCUCUACCAGAAGAAUGGGGAAUGUUUUUUGUCAGGAGUGCAACUGGUGAUGCCCUUUCAGUUCUUUCAAUAUUCCCUGAAAAGGGGCUGCCAUAAAUGCAUUCUGCAGUUUUGAGUUGCAGCAUCAGGAGUUAAAGUGCCUUUCUGCAUGUUUUUUGUGAUGUUUGUAUCCCUGUAAAAGUUGAACAAGCGUUGCCCUCAGGCAGCUUCUGUCUUGUAAAUAAAGCCUGCUUUC